AUGGACGCAGACGACGACGAUUUAUUUCUGACGCAGUCAGUUUUUAAAGAAUCGGCAUCCUGUGCUGACAAGGAAAGUGAUGACUUUAAAUUCCGUUUUGGAGAUCUACUCUCCGAGCGUGAAAUAGCCAAGAAAAUUGAGAUCUGUGUCCCUAGAACAACACGUUAUAAAAAUGACUGGGCAUUCUCAACAUUUAAACGGUGGCAAGAAGAACGCAAGUCACAGUCAAUUGCGGACAAUUUGGAAUUACCGCAAAAGUGCUUGACAGAGGAUAUAGUCGAAAUGAGCCUAUCUACUAUGAACACUGCUUUCAAAUAUUUCCUUUUUGAGGCAAGGAAACUGGACGGCGCCCAGUACACGGCGGAUACUGUACAUGGACUGUUUACCGCUCUUCAGAGUGGCUUGAGGCUUAAAGGGCGAAAGAACAUUAAUUUGUUCGAGGAUCAACAGUUUGAAGAGAGCAGAACAUGUCUGGACGCUUUAAUGAAGGAACUUUCUAAAAAAGGACUGGGCAGCUCUGCCAGGAAGAAAACUGAAACUAUAUCAAUGGACGACGAAGAGCGCUUGUGGAGUAGCGGUUCAUUAGGUGAAGACGACCCUCAGCAACUUGUGGAUAUUAAUGUGUGA